AUGACAGCCCAAACCAGUCAAGCAGCCGCGCCGGCUUCUGCCAGCGGCGAUAUCACAGUUCGCAAACGAAGGGCUCACAAGAAGUCCAGACUAGGCUGUCGCAAUUGCAAAUUACGCAGAGUCAAAUGCAAUGAGGUCCGUCCAAUGUGUGGGAAGUGUCUGGAAUACGGCGUGAUAUGCAACUAUGAUCCUAGUAUACCUGAUCUUCAACCUCGAACCGUCACUUCCAAAGUUGUCUGCUUGGACUCUAUGGUGGAAAAGUCCCCACUGGCGACGACUAAGCCUAUCUUAGACAUGGUGAAUGUCUGCUUGGAAGAACACAGCCAUGGACCACGAUCGCAAAGCGAAGUCAUGCGAUUCGACAGAUCUGACUUGGCGCGACUAGACAGAUUCCAAACGAGGACAGUUCUCACCAUCGGCACCAAGAGAGUUGCCCGGGUUUUCCAGAAAGAGAUCAUCCGGCUUGCGUGUACGCACCCCUUCCUCAUGCACCUGACGCAGGCCGUGACGGCGUCCCACGAUCGCUACUUGUGCGGAGUGGCUACUUCGCGACCGAGCACAUCCGAGGCUUACCAUCUGAACCAAGCCUUGAUUGCCUUUCAGAGCAUUCUUUCACGGCCUAUUAGACCUGAGGAGGGGGAUGCAUUACUCGUCGCCUCUUCGAUUCUCGGCGUCGUGAGCUUUUUCAAUCUUGAGGCAUCGUCUGUCGAAGACGUUUGGCCAUUGCAGGACGGUGACAUGGCAUGGCUCAACUUGAGCGAUGGAAAACAAACCAUCUGGCGACUAGCAAGCCCGUUGCAAGAUGACAGCCUUUGGCGAAAGGUGACCCACAUAUUCGAUCGCGACAAGAUGCCUGCGUGCAAAAUUCCAGAACAUCUUCCUUCAAUCUUCGAUCAUCUUUGCGCCGAGGACCCCGCAUCACCCUCAGCAGCCGCCAACCCCUAUUACAAAACUGCACAUCAACUUUUGCCCUUGCUAGACCUUGAAUGCAAUGACUCCACUUGGUUGAGGUAUCUUGGGUUUGUCAACCACAUGGAUCCUCUUUAUAAGUCCUUACUUGCGCAGAAAGAUCCUUGGGCGUUGCUCAUGCUUGUAUAUUGGUAUAUGAAGGUUUGCAGAGGCGCUUGGGACAGGCGAUUUGCCUAUACCUCGCACGAUACCAUUCAGACAAUGCAACUAUACUAG